GUCGUUGCGUCUGACAGCUCAUCAGCCAAAAAAGUCGUAUCGUCUGGCGGUGCGAGUGUUAAAGCAGAUGAGAAAGGCACAAAUGGUGAGGGGACGGAUAAGAUGGGGUGCAAGGAUAACUUGGUGGGCCUUAGCCCACAGGUUACCCAAAACACCACCAUCAAAUCUGUAACCGAGGGGACGGGUUUAAUGGGGUGCAUGGAUAACUUGGUGGGCCGUAGCCCACAGGUUACCCAAAUCACCACCAUCAGAUCUGUAACCGAGGGGACGGGUAAGAUGGGGUGCAAGGAUAACUUGGUGGGCCGUAGCCCACAGGUUACCCAAAACACCACCAUCAAAUCUGUAAACGUAAACCGUAACCUUUCUUCUGCCAAAUCAGUCCUACCGCCUGGUGGUACGACUGGUAAAGUUGGUGAGUUAGACAAUAAUGUCGAGGGAAAAGGUAAGGUGGGGUGCGAAGCUAACUUGGUGGGCCGUAGCCCACAAGAUAACCGAAACACUACCACCGAACCCGAUCCCGCAAACCAAUCGAUCAAUUCGACGUUCCAGAGCCUAGCUACGGUCAUACACAAAAAGACCAGGGCUAGAGCAUUAGAUGAGAAUGAGAUUCGUCGCCGUCAGAAUCGUAACGCUGAGAGGAUUGUCCGUCGCUUUGCCAAAAGGUCUCCCGAGUCCCUUACGGCAAAAGAGCGAGUAGCACUGGACAAAUCAAAUCAACGUUUACGUGCAGCGGCAGAACAGAGAACUGCGGGCACUCCUAGCACCUCCAAAAGAGCUAGGAACGAUGCCAAUUCACCCACCAGCUCUUCGCCUAAUAAGACGAAGAAGAAGCGCAGAACCUCUCAGGUUAGCGUAAAAGGCCACCAUGUCGCCAUAGCCGAUUAUGGUAAGCCUUCACGCAAACUGACUGAAGACGAAUGGCAUCUCCUUGAACUAAGGAUCCUGGAGCAAGUCAAUGAGGCUAUCGUCAAGAGCUGGACGGUUCCACUCUUCGGUAACCUUAAGACUGUCCAUGGUUUCAAAGUGAUGCAUUGUGAGAAUGAUAUGACUCUCGAAUGGCUUCGGGAGUUCAUACAAAAAACGUCAGCUCCAUGGCAAGGCGCCGAAUUGCGUCUGAUCGACGUAAAGGAGAUAAAAGAUCUCAACAGACCUCUUGGAAGGCUGUUAGUCAAAGGCCCGACCCUUCCCAACGAACGACUUGAGAGAUACAUCCUAUCUUUGAAUAGUGAUCUCUUGAGCAGAGAGUGGGAAGUGGUCAAGAAUGAAAGAACGGAUGAUGGCACCGAAGUGGUGGUAAGAUUGAGCCACAAAUCUUUACCACUCCUGAGGAAGGCUGACUUCAAGAUACGCGUUGGAAUCACUAGGUGCAAACUUAGGUUGAUUCGCAACGAUAGAAAACAGUAAAGCCGCAACCGCUAACCUUGUCUACCUCAUGGAGAGUAGACAAUACGACGUAGCCCUGAUACAGGAACCCUGGGUUGUAAGAGGGAAUAUCAAGGGUCUACAAUCUAAAGAACUACAGCUGUACAAGUCUAAUCUUGACAGUCAAAAUAGUAACCCUAGAACAUGCAUAGUAGCUAAGAAACAGUUUAAUCUUUUUCUUCUAACUACUUACAGCAACACUGACCAGACCACGGUAAGAUUGGAGCGAGAUGGGCUCCCAAUGCUCAUCCUCUCGUCUACUUAUAUGCCG